AUGAACUCUCGACCCCACAAGCAGUCGAUGUCCGAGCUGAAGUUGAGGAGGUUGACGGAACACAACCAGCGUUUGCGGGAGGAUCUGGCGCGGCCACGGAUACGGGUUAGUGAGGCGAGUGCCAGCUUAAUUCGUUAUUGCAAGACAACAAAGGAUCUGCUUGUACCUUCAGUAUGGGGUCCAGUCGGCAAGGGUGAAGACCCAUACGCACCUCCAGCGCAGGGUUGCAACUGCACAAUCAUGUGA